AUGGCUCGACCGAGAGACUCGCGCUCACCAAGUCCUGCAGGCAGCACCCACAGUUCCCGUCGUUUCCGCAACGAUGAUCGCCGGGAUAGGGAUCGUCGCAACGAUGGAAGGGACCAUCGUCGGCGUACCAGAUCUCGCAGCCCAGAUCCCCGAAAUCGCGACCGUGACCGUGACCGCGCACGAGAUAGAGAUAACUACCGCCGAAGAGACCGUUCCCUAGAUCGACGAGAUGACAACCAUUACCGAGGUGGACGAAGAGACAAUCGAGAACGAGAUCGCCGAAGAUCGCGAGACCGCUUUGAUGAUCGCAUUCGGUCGCCCAUGACUGACAGACGACGAAACCGCAGCCGAGAGAAUGACCGGGAUGUGAGAAGGCGAGAUGAUUCCCGCAGCCGUGUCUCUGGGCGUCGUGAGGGUACGACUGACUCUCCUGCUCGCAGCAACCGUGAUGAUGGUAGAAAUCAGAAGACGCCACUCGGUGACAGCAGCAACGGAGGUGCUAGUCAGGUUCGACACACGCUCCUUGGUUUCGAGUGCAUUGCUGAUGGAUUACAGGUACAAACUCCCAAAGCUGAGGGCGGACAAGCUGAUGUCGACAAGAAGGCCGAACGACUGGCCAAGCUUGAAGCAUGGAAAAAGAAGAAGGAGAGUGCAAGUCAGAAACAAAAAGAGGUAAACCCCAGUCAGACAAGGAACCUCCUUGCUGAAAUGGACAAGAAGGCAAGUGGAGCGUCGUCCAAAACGGUUUCCCCUUCGCUUUCUACUGCUGCUUCACCUACUGCGACGCCCGCUGUCGAAUCACCCGCUGCCCCCUACUCUGGCAAGUUUGAUCCCAAGGCCAUCGCCAAGAAGUCGGCAGCUUCCCGGGCUCACGACGCUUCCAAACCUGCACUUGGCUCCCUGGAGGGACAGCCUGAAAAGAUUUCGGCCCCGGUCAAACAAGCCACCACUGGUACGUCCAAGUCUUCCAUCAUUCGCUUCAACCCAAUUGACACAUCUGUUCUAGCAUCCGCUCUUCCUGCGAACAGAACAAAAGCAAGUGGCUUCGGCUUCAUAAAAACCAAUGCAGAGACCGAGAAGCUUACCGCUAAGCGAAAGCUCGACCUUGACGAGGAAGACACUACCAAGCGGAAGCUUACUAAACUUCCCGCCCUUCCUAUUGAGGCUGAUGACACUCCAUACGCUGACCAGGAUGACGACGAGUCCGAUGGUGAUAACUUUGCCGAGAACGAGGAAGAGGCCGCUGCUGCUGCCCGUGCAGCUCAUGAGCGGCGUUUGCAGGCCGAGAACCAGAUGGAUACAGGCGAGGAAGAUACCAAACCCACGGACGUGCAGACAAACGGUGAUGUGACAACGAACGACGGCGCUGCCCAAUCCGAACCUGCCACUCAGAUGGAACUUGACGAAGAAGACGAUAUUGAUCCUUUGGAUGCUUUCAUGGCCGAUCUAAAGCAUACCGAUGUGAGACAACCCACCAAAACAUCAACAACACAAAAAGUCCAGGAGCCUGAGGCCUACUUCAGUGAUGAUGAAUAUGACUUCAACAAGAAGGAUGAAGGCGAUGCAAGCGCUCUGUUGGCCAUAUCAGCAAAGCGGAAGAAGAAGGAUAUCCCGACAAUUGAUUACAGCAAGAUCGAGAUUGAGCCUAUCCGCAAGAACUUUUGGCAUGAGCCAGCCGAGUUGAGUCUUCUUACGGAGGCUGAGGUGGCUGACCUUCGCCUGGAACUGGAUGGUAUAAAGGUCAAUGGAAAAGAUGUUCCCAAGCCUGUUCAGAAGUGGGCUCAAUGCGGUCUCACACGCCAAACACUGGAUGUCGUUGAUAACUUGGGUUACGAAAAGCCCACUCCCAUUCAGAUGCAGGCACUCCCAGCUCUAAUGUCUGGUCGUGAUGUUAUUGGUGUUGCCAAAACUGGUUCGGGAAAGACAGUUGCUUUCCUGCUUCCCAUGUUCCGACAUAUCAAAGAUCAGGCCCCUCUUAAGGAUACAGAUGGCCCUAUUGGGUUGAUCAUGACCCCUACUCGAGAACUUGCCGUUCAGAUCCACCGAGACUGCAAACCAUUCCUCAAGAUGAUGGGUCUUCGCGCUGUCUGUGCUUAUGGUGGAGCGCCUAUUCGAGAACAGAUUGCAGAGCUCAAGCGUGGUGCAGAGAUUGUUGUAUGCACGCCUGGUCGUAUGAUUGAUCUCUUAGCCGCGAACCAAGGUCGGGUCACCAACUUAAAGAGAGUUACGUAUGUUGUGCUUGAUGAAGCCGAUCGAAUGUUUGACAUGGGUUUCGAACCCCAGGUCAUGAAGAUCUUUGCAAACAUGCGACCUGACAGGCAGACAAUCCUCUUCUCAGCCACUAUGCCUCGUAUCAUCGAUUCGCUGACCAAGAAGGUGCUUAAGAACCCCAUUGAGGUCACAGUCGGUGGGCGCAGUGUCGUGGCAAAGGAGAUUGAACAAAUUGUCGAAGUCCGAGACGAGCCGUCCAAGUUUCACCGUGUUCUUGAACUUCUAGGAGAACUCUAUGACCGCGAUGAAGAUGCUCGUACCUUGAUCUUUGUCGAGCGACAAGAGAAGGCGGAUGACUUGCUCAAAGAGCUGAUGAUGAAGGGCUAUCCCUGUAUGUCAAUCCAUGGAGGCAAGGACCAGAUCGACCGUGAUUCCACUAUUUCGGAUUUCAAGAAGGGUGUUGUACCUAUCUUGAUUGCCACUUCGGUAGCAGCCCGUGGUCUUGAUGUCAAGCAGCUCAAGCUUGUUAUCAACUACGACGCUCCUAACCAUUUGGAAGAUUACGUGCAUCGCGCAGGUCGAACUGGUCGUGCUGGUAACACUGGUGUUGCUGUCACUUUUGUUACGCCUGAACAGGAGAAUUGUGCACCAGGUAUUGCCAAGGCUCUUGAACAGAGUGGACAACCCGUACCUGAUAGGCUCAACGAGAUGAGGAAAGCUCAUAGAGAAAAGGUGAAGUCUGGAAAGGCUAAAGACACGUCAGGUUUCGGCGGCAAGGGUCUCGACCGUCUCGAUCAGGAACGAGAGGCGGCUCGUCUGCGUGAGCGCAAGGUCCACAAGGCCGAGGGUGAGGAAGAGGAGGUAACCGAGGACAAGAAGGAGGAAGAGGACGAAAAGGCAGAGAAGGCGCUGGACGCAAUCCGGGCUGCAGCAUCUGGUGUGCUGGCUCGUGAAUCAGCAAAGACCGAAGACGCAGAUGCGAAGUCUAUGCCCCCAGUCAAGACCAGUGGUGUGGUAAAGGAUAAGGCUAAGGACCCAUUGGACAAGGUCAGUUCUGCUGUCAGCGCCAUCAACAGCCGACUUGGGAAGGCCGGCCAGCUUCGUGCUGGCCAGCCCAUCGACAACAAGGGCCCAGAUGCUGGUGCUUUCCACGCCACAUUGGAGAUCAACGAUUUCCCCCAAAAGGCCAGGUGGGCUGUCACCAACAGAACCAACGUGGCGAAAAUUCUGGAAGCUACAGGUACAUCGAUCACAACAAAGGGCAACUUUUACCCGGCUGGCAAGGAGGCGCCCGCUGGAGCCGAGCCCAAGUUGUAUAUUCUUAUUGAAGGUGAUACCGAAGUUGUCGUCAGUUCUGCCCUUACCGAACUCACACGCUUGUUGCGGGAGGGAACAAUUGCUGCCGUAGAUGCCGAUAGUCGAGCACCUGCCAGUGGACGGUACACGAUCACUUAA